AAUGAUUUUGAAUAGUCAAAAACGAUUAGAUUUCUUAAAUACAUCCAAAGACAAUUUACGCGUGCGCGACAUAAUAUAAAUACAUAUAUAUAAUCUGCGGCUACCUGAUAUCGAGACAGAAGACAAAGCAAGUUCGCCACGAUUUUGCCAUAGUAUUGCCUAAAAUGGAGCAGAUGGUUGGGAAAUCUUUCAUUAGUUCUGCUAUAUCAGAUGCGAUGUUCCAGUUCGCCCUGACAAGUCUGCAUAAAUAUGCAACGAUCAAGUCAAAGGAAGAUUUUGUUUUUAGUCCGUACAGCAUAUAUCAGGAACUUUUCUCGGUUUACCUUAUCUCCAGUGGUGAUAUUGAACAGCGUUUAAGAAACAUUCUUUAUUUACCGAAUGUUUCGAAGUAUGAGUUGAUGAAAAACAUUAAAUUUGAUAAAUACCCUUCAAUACAUCAUAAAUACCCUACAAAACGGCCCGCACAAGAGGAGGAUGCUGCCUCUAAUCAACCGCAACUGUACGCGAUUGACAAUAAAUGUAUUUUUUUAAACACAAUACUUCGUAAAAACAUCGAAAUAAUAAGAAAUCUGUACAAUUGUGGAUUCACAUCUAAUGAGAGCAAUGAUAUCCAAGAUAUAAAUAGAAAAAUCAAUAAAAUUUUAAAAAUACUAACAAAUGAUUACAAUCAUAAACCGUUGGAAUUAGAAAUAAAAAGAGAAGGUGUAGACAUUAUUUUGAUGAACGUCAACCGAUUACUAUCGAAUACUUCUUGCUAUCUAAAUUUUAAAACGUUUUCCAGUGAUAAAUUACAGGUGGACGUAAAAGAGUUAAUUAUCAAGAAAGAUUACACGUCGUUGUUUAUAUUGACACCUUUUUCAUCAAGCACAGACAAGAGGGUUAAAACUGAUACGAGCAGCACUAGCCUUUCCAGCUUGAUUGAAAGAUUGUCAACCAGCGAAGGAAUGCGUAUACUUCGGAAAUUGCUGUUUUGUGUAGAAACAGAUGGAUCACUAUCUUCUUCUACUCGGCCGACCUUUGAAAUUGAAAAAAAUUUAGAUAUGCCAGUUCUGUUGCGAGAACUAGGCGUCGAACAGUUAUUGACGCCCGAUGCGAUUUCUUUGGACAACACCUUCGCGGAAGACAAUCAAUUCGUGCACUUCGGCAAUGCCGUGCACCGUGCUCGUGUCAAGGUCACGGCGGAGAACGUCACUGCGACUGCGGUAACCUUGAUCAGUGGACAAGAACCCAGUUCGAACAAUAGUAUAAGCAACAUGUAUCUGAAUUAUCCGUUCGUUUGGCUAAUUUACGACAAAAAGAAUGCAGAUAUUCUUUAUAUCGGCGUAUUUAAUAAAUUUGACAAGUAUAUUGACGUUUGUAAAAUUUUAAAAAAUUGGUUUAUCUAAACUUUAUAAGACAUUCCUCGAGUCGCUCGCGACUUUCAACCUAAUCGUCGAGAAGUUUAAAAGUUCUUAUUACUAUGAUUAUUAAAAGGGGCGUAAGUUAAGAGUUUUUAGAUAUUUGAAUGACUAUUGAGAAUUUGUUUGAAAACACUUUACAGCAAAUCAUUUCGAAACUUUGAGGCAUUUGUUAUUAAAUUUUUGCAAGUAGAAAAUUUUUUUGGUCAAUAAACCGCCUUUGAAGAAUCUUAUCACCGUUGGUGUUACAACUUGACGAGCAAUCUUAUAUCUCCAAAUUUUGUCUGAAAUUAAAAACUAAAAAUUUUUUUUUCUAUUGUAUUAUUUA